AUGAUUAUUCCUGCUAAGAUUUUUAAGGAGAUUUCCACUAUGUGUAGGGCUUUUCUUUGGAGUGGUCAAGCUUCUCUGGCAGGUACGGGUCGGCUUUCUUGGGACUAUGUUUGCCAGUCAAAGAAAGCUGGUGGUUUGGGUUUCAAAAAUAGCACAGAUUGGAAUAUUGCAGCUAUGGGAAAGUAUGUUUGGGCUGUUGUUGAGAAGAAGGAUAACCUUUGGGUUAAAUGGGUUCACCAUGUCUAUAUCAAGCAAGAAGAUUGGUGGAAUUACUCAGCCCCUGUUUAUAGUAGUUGGUAUUGGAGGAAAAUUGAUGAAGUGAAAAGGAAAUUUAAAAGUUUGAUAGCAAGGCUGCAAGUGCACAAAGAAGAGUAUCGGAUCAGCAUAGGGUAUUCUUAUAUUCAUCCUUCUCUAGAUAAAGUGCAUUGGAGUAAGGAGGUUUGGGGAAGGUUGAAUACUCCUAAACAUAGCUUUAUUUUUUGGCUGGCUGUUCAUAAUAGAUUGAAUACUAAAGAUAGACUUAAAAGACAUGGUGUUCUUGACCAAUCUGAAUGUUUGUUCUAUGGUGUUGUUGAAGAAUCUUGUGAGCAUUUAUUCUUUAACUGCCAGUUUAGUCUAUCUUGUUACCAUCAGAUUUUACAGUGGCUGAAUUGGAGAACUCAUCUAUCUUCCUUGAGUAAGAUCAUUAGGUGGAUUGAGAGGGCUUCAAAUACUAAAUUUCAUAAACAAGUUUUUUCGGCUGCCAUAGCAGCCUUGCUCUAUCAGAUUUGGAAGGCUAGGAACGAUGCUUUGUGGCUCGGGAAGAUUAUGCAGCCCUAUUUAAUUGUUCAAAAUACUAAAGUUAGUGUUAAAAAUAGAAUUUCAUACAUAUUGCCAAAGAAAAUUAGUCAAAGAGAUAGAGAUUGGUUUGGAGUUUUGUAA